GGCACGCUCCCGUCAGCCAGGCGCGCUCCUCGGAGCCGCGCGCAGCCGACCUCGGCACGCUCCCGUCAGCCAGGCGCGCUCCUCGGAGCCGCGCGCAGCCGUCCCCGGCGCCCGCCGGGCGGCCUAAGGGAGGCGGGUCAGGUCUGCGCAGCGAGGCCGCUGCUCCCGAGAGGGUUUCCCGGCGCUCCGGGGCUGAGAGGCUUCAGCCCAGCGGCGGCAGCGGUGGCGCUUGCGGGCCCCCGGGGACCGAGGACUAGGCCGCAGGGCCGUGCCCUGAGUAGCGGAAAGAGAAUGAAAGAAGUAGACAAUCUUGACAGUAUAAAAGAAGAAUGGGUUUGUGAAACAGGACCUCCUGACAAUCAACCCCUCAAUGAUAAUCAACAAAAGGACUGUGAAUAUUUUGUUGACAGCCUUUUUGAGGAAGCAGAGAAGGCUGGUACCAAAUGCUUGUCCCCCACUGAACAGAAGAGACAGGUAGAUGUAAAUAUAAAAUUGUGGAAAAAUGGAUUCACUGUCAAUGAUGAUUUUAGAAGUUACUCUGAUGGUGCAAGUCAGCAGUUUCUGAACUCCAUCAAAAAGGGGGAAUUACCUUCAGAAUUACAGGGAGUUUUUGAUAAAGAGGAGGUGGAUGUUAAAGUUGAAGAUAAAAAAAAUGAAGUCUGUAUGUCUACAAAGCCUGUAUUCCAGCCCUUCUCAGGACAGGGCCACAGACUAGGAAGUGCUACACCAAGAAUUGUUUCUAAAGCAAAGAGUAUUGAAGUUGACAAUAAAAGUACUUUGUCUGCUGUUUCAUUGAACAACUUGGAGCCCAUUACCAGGAUCCAGAUCUGGCUAGCCAACGGGGAAAGGACUGUCCAAAGAUUUAACAUUUCUCAUAGGGUGAGCCACAUCAAAGACUUUAUUGAAAAAUACCAAGGAUCUCAGAGAAGCCCUCCCUUUGCUCUGGCAACAGCUCUUCCUUUCCUCAGAUUUCUGGAUGAAACACUCACAUUGGAAGAAGCAGAUUUGCAGAAUGCUGUAAUCAUUCAGAGACUCCAAAAAACUGCCGAGCCUUUUAGAAAACUCUGAUAGUUUUUAUUUUUGAGAGACUGAGGGAAAUGAUGGUUGGAAGUAGGUAUGCAGAAGUGGGAGGCAGAAGUGUGACUAAACUUGUGGUUUGAGGGCUUCUUAAUCCCUUAUUGGGGGGGGGGGGGGGGCGGUCAAUCACAAGCUAGGGGAGUGACAUGGCUGUAAGCCAGAAUGAGUGCACUUUUCUCAACAGGCUAUUCAGAAAAAAAACCUUCUUUCAAAUACUAGUUAGCCAAUAUGAUAUAUUAAAUAGCUGUAUCAUUAAUCUUAAUGUGGUCUAAAUUACCAGAGAAUUCAAUUAGCUAAGUCAGCAUCAGAAUUCAAAUAUUAUUUUCAAACAGCAGAUAUUUAUAUAAAUGUUAGCUAUCUCAGUUUUUAAAUAGCAAUACAUUAAAAUAUUAUACAUGACAUCUUAAAAGCAUCAAUGUGAUUAUUGCCUGUACUUCAUCCUCAGAGCUUUUCAGUUUCUACUCUGUGACGGCAAGAGAUACUCAAAUAUUCAUUUGGCAACAGUAUCCAAGAUGUAUACUCUUCUAGGGAUAAAAUUGUGUAGCUUAGUAUAAUCUCAAUAUUAAUCUGUCUGCACAGUUUUCUAUACCUUCUAUAUGUAAUUUUAUGGUUUGAGAAUGUAGUUCAGUGGUAGAGAGGAUUUGCCAUGCAUACAUGAGACGCUAGGUUCAGUUGAUUCCCAGUGCUACAAAAUUUUUUAAAAAGUCCUUUAAAUCUGUAAUAUAAAAGCACACACAAAAAUAUUCUUCAAAGCUGGGUGGUGGUGGAGCACACCUUUAAUCCAGCACUUUGGAGGCAGAGGCAGGAGGAUCUCCGAGUUCAAGGACAGCCUGUCCUACAGAGCUAACUAACUUCCAGGGUUACACAGAGAAACCCUGUCUAGAAAAGAAAACUCAAGGUUUUCAACUAUUUACUCAUUUAAAAAUAACUUUGAAAGUUGCCUACCAUGGUGCAUGCCCUAGCUCUGGCUCACACCAAGCCUAGAGGGGAGGAUCACUUGAGCCCAGGAGUUCAGGUCAGCCUACGCAACAUAGCAAAACCCUGAUAGUGACAACUUUCAUACCCGGAGAGAUGGCUCAGCAGUUAAGAGCACUGGCUGUCCUUGCUGUAGAUCCAGAUUCAGUUUCCAGCACGUACAUGGCAGUGCACAGCCAUCUGAAACUCCUGCUCCAAGAUAUCCAACUCCCUCUUCUGACCUCUGUAGGCACUGCACUCAAGUUAUAUGAAGACACAUGCAGAUAAAACAUUAUACAUAUAAAUUUUUAAAAAUUAAACUGAUAAUUUCCAAAGAAUGGAAAGAUUUAUCGAGAAAGGUGACAUUGUAUUUCCUUUUCUCUAAAAAUGUAAUGUCUGACUUAAUGAAGAUAAGGAUUCUCACCUGUUUCUACAUUCACUGUGAUGCAGUAUCACGUAGCUUAUAGUCUCUAGAAGACAACACUUCAUUUGUGGGAAUGAAAAAGAAACAUGUAACUAUAUGACUAGGAAAGACAGUUUGACAAAGGGUCAUUUGGGAGUUCUUCCCCAGGGGCCAAUACCUGGCCAAACAUGGGAGUUCACAUUGAUCAUAAGCAUUUGAGAGGCUGAGGCAGGAGGAUUACCAUGAGGUCAAGGCCAGCUUGAGCUACAGAAUGAGAGUCUGUUAAAGCAAAACAAAGUCUGGUCCUGCCCCCCUGUCACAAGCAUUGUGCUUCACUGUCUGAGAUGGAUGCCUGCUGUACUUGGGACCUUGAAUGACUCUAGGGGUUUAGUGUAAAUGAGGGAAUUCUACAUUAGGCCCGAGUCCACCCUGUAUGAUUCACCAUGGACAGUGGAUGGUUCCACCCAAGUAGUUUCCACACUUGAGCUUUGUCCUCUUCCCAAGUUUACUCAGGAUGUCCCUCUUUAAGCCAAACGACUCCUGGCAUAACCUGUGCCAUUCCUCCCAUCCACACAUGAGGCAGGGCUGGGAAGUGUGAAUGAGGUUUUAAGUUGGACUUGGGAAUUACAAGAGGGAGCCUAUGUGCAUAACUAGAUGUCCUUUAUUUCAGCCCUUUCUUCUGCAGUCCUAUUUUAAAGAUGCUUUCUUCCCUAGCUCCCAGUCUUCCAUAUGCCAGACUUCCGUAUUUUAGGUGGCAGUGUGGAAUAGAGAAUGAAGAAGAGCAUCUUUAUUUUGCCCUUUACCUAGGAAAUCAGCAGGUGUAUAGUAGAAAAACAUGAAAUAUUUGUCGAUAACAUUUACACAACACUAUCAGAGCCCUUUUUAGCAAUAUAAAUAAUUUCUUAAUGAAAAGGGGGAUAGUAAAAUCAAUGGUUUUAUUUUUCAGAUAUAGGCAAAAACUUUUGAUUGUUAAUAUGUUCAGGAAUCUCUAAGGAAAUGUAGGCCUAUCCUGAGGCCUUUCUAUUUACAUAGUUAUAAUUGAUAAAUGGUUCUCUGUAUUUUUAUGAGGAGCUUCUCACAAGAAUAUUUCUUGUGUAUCUACAAAUAAAGCCUCCAGUCUCUAAUUAACCGGAAGGUGCAGUGGGGUUUCUUGUGUGUCCAUGCAGAGUGCACGCCAGGAAGAUGCUCCACCGGGAAGAGCAGUCUUCAGCAGUGACUCGUUUCGUUUUAAAAAAAAACUGUGAAAAUGUGAAAAUGUUAGUGUAAAUAAUGUCCUCAAAGAUUCCCUUAAAGAUAAUCAUCUGAUAAAUCGUUUUACUUGAAAAUUCAAAAGUUGUAAAGUUGGUAAUGUAUAGACUCCUUAUUGUGGGUUGAUUUUGAAAGAAUAAAAGUGCCAAGGGAAGCAAAACUGAAAGGGAACACCUCAGAAGUAGAUACAGUUUGACUCAAGUCAUUGCUCCAGAAUUGUCAUAGUCCGUUGUCUGACCUUACAGAUGAGUUAGACAUUGAGAUACAUAUCUGAUUGUCCACAUCAUAAUUUGCUAGUUAGAUGACUAUGCACUAAGCUAAAAUAAUUGUACUUUAUCGUGACUCAUUGAGUACACCUCAUGAUGUUUCUAUUCAUUGGCAAUGGAGUACUAUGUAUUUAUUUUAGUGCCUUAAUAUAUUUUUGAUGUAUUUUGCUAACAGUAAAAUGAACUGUCUCUUAAAGAUAAACUGCUGUCCAUUGAAAGGAUCUGUUAAGUAAUUUACACUUGUUAUACAGUAGUUACGUGUGAAUGCUUUUGUCAUUUGACCAUACAGUUGGAGAAUCAAUGAUUAUUUGAUCCAGUGAUUAUUAGAUGCCUUUUCCUUAA